CACUCACUUUUAAUUUAAAUAAAUCUGGGAGUUAUUUAUAAAUUAAAAUAUCUUGUAGUUGACUAAGAAAAACAUAUUUUAACAAUAGCUCUUGAAGGCGGGAAAAUAAAUGGACGAAAACCGUUAACAAUUUUGAAAGGUCACCAAAUUUUUUAUAUUGUGUUACAAUGAAGUCUGUUGCAUCCAAAUCUAAUUAUCAACCAUCUAUAGUUGACAUGUUUUAUAAACAACUUGCUAUGGGAAAACAAAUAAGUUAUGAUGCAAAUAACGAUAGAGAAUUACAGAAUUCACAAAACAUUAAAACAGAAAAUAACAUAUCUUUGAAAAGUGAGCAAGAUAAAGAAAACCAUUAUCCAGGAACAAAUGAGGACUAUUCUGAUAAACAUGUUGAAAAAAAAGUCAAGUUUAAAGAUACUACAAUUUUACCAACAUCUAAAAUUAAAAGUACAAAUACAUUUCAUAGUAAAUGUGAAUAUUGUCGUCAGAAAUUAAAUGAUGAUAUCAAAAUUUAUCAGGGUCAUCCAAAUGGUGCUGUAGAUGAAGAUAUUGCUUUAACUGAUCCAAAGUUAUGUUUAUUUAAUGGUAGUGAAUCUUUUAUACAUGAAAGCGAUCAACGCCCUCAAAAUAAAUUGACUUAUUUCAGUGUUUAUGAUAAAAAUGGCCACUUGUGUGCUUUUGAUACUGGACUUAUAGAAAAGAAUGUAAUGUUAUACUUUUCUGGAUAUAUAAAAGCUAUUUAUGAAGAAGAUGCAUCACCAGAGAAUGGAGUGCCAGCAAAAGAUAUGGGUCCUAUAAAUGAGUGGUAUGUAUCUGGUUUCGAUGGAGGAGAACUAGCUCUUAUAGGUUUUAACACAGCAUUUUGUGAAUAUAUUCUAAUGGAUCCAUCUGAAGAAUAUACCCCUUUUAUGGAUGUUGUCAGAGAAAAAAUAUACAUGAGUAAAUUGAUUAUCGAGUUUCUUUUAGAUGAAAUUAAUCCCAGUUAUGAGGAUCUGCUCAAUAAGCUUCAAACAAUAGUACCACCUAAAGGUAUUACAAAAUUUACUGAAGAUUCUCUACUAAGACAUGCACAAUUUAUAUGUGAUCAAGUAUUAUCAUUUGAUGAUUCUGCUUCAGCAGAAGAUACUCUUCUUAUUACAAGUCCUUGCAUGCGAGCAUUAGCAAACCUUGCAGGUGUUACAUUAGGAAAAAGAGUAAGCCUUCGUCAAAUGCGACUUAGAGAACAAAAAGUUAGGAAACCUGCUUGGACUAAAGCAACUACUACACAAUUAGUUAACAAUAUGUUUGAAAAUAUAUUUGCAGAUCAGUUAACUAAACAUAAUGAUACGAUAACAAUGGGACCUAAACGACAAAGAUGUGGAGUAUGUGAACAUUGUCAACAACCUGAUUGUGGUCUUUGUAAUGCUUGUAAAGAUAUGAUAAAAUUUGGGGGAACAGGAAGAGGCAAACAGGCUUGCAUUAAAAGAAGAUGUCCCAAUAUGGCUAUUCAAGAAGCAGAUGACUCUGAUCCAGAAAAUGAAGAUCAAUAUGAUACUUUAAGAAUUGAAGUAGAAGAAUGCAGAAGAAAAGUUUUUAAAGAACUUAAAAAAGAUAUUGUAUGGAUAGGAGAUCAAAUAGCCAGUAAUAAUCUGAAAACCUUUUACAAAUCCGUUAUAGUAGGUGAUGAAAAAAUAGAAAUAAAUGAUUAUGUACUUGUUGAACCAAGAAAUCCAGCAAUUCCAUCACAUGUUGCCAAAGUUAUUUACAUGUGGGAAAAUAAAAAUGGUAUAAAACAAUUUCAUGCAAAUUGGUUGCAUAGAGGAAAUGAUACUAUUCUUGGGGAAACAUCAGAUCCUAUAGAAUUGUUUUUGAGUGAUGAUUGUGAUGAUGUACCAUUUAAAUCUGUUAGAUCUAAAUGUACUGUUAUUUUUAAAAAUGUACCGAAAAAUUGGGCCGAAUUAGGUAAUAUGGAUUUAAAUUCUGAAAAUGAAAUAAAAGACUUAGAUGGUAAAACAUUCUUCUAUCAGAAACGUUAUACACCUGCAACAGCCAGAUUUGAAGACCCAUUACCAGAUCCAAAAUGUCUUCCUAAAGAAAAUAGACAUCGAUUUUGUCCUGCUUGUGCGCAUUUACGGGAAGUGGAACAAUUCAAUAUGCCAAAGGUAUAUGAACGAAUAGAAGAGAAGAGUACUAAGGAAGUUAUUUAUGGUUUAGUAAAAUAUAAAGGAGAAGACUAUAGAGUUGGAACAACAGUAUUUUUACAACCUAAAGCUUUUAAUUUCAAAUAUAAAAUUAUACAUCAAGACAUUCAAAAACUAAAACAGGAGAAUGUCGAUGAAGAUAUGUACCCCGAAUUUUAUAGAAAAUCUUCUGAUCAUGUGAAAGGUUCAAAUUUUGAUACCCCUGAUCCUUUUUGUAUAGGGUAUAUAAAUGAAAUAUAUGUUAGUACAAAUGAUAUGUUAGUUGCACCAUCUGACAUUAAGAUUAAGGUGAAUAAGCUAUAUAGACCAGAAAAUACACACAAAAAUGUUACAUUAAUGGAACAAGCAGAUUUAAAUAUGGUUUAUUGGAGUGAUGAAGUUUGUAACAUCAAAUUUAUCGAGGUUGUUGGAAAAUGCUAUCUUGCUUACUCUGAAAAUUUAAAUCAAACUGUUGAUGAAUGGACUGCUGAAGGACCGAAUCGAUUUUAUUUUAAUGAAGCUUAUAAUGCACAAGAGAAAACAUUUAAUGAACCACCAUAUCACGCUAUUAGCAUUGGUAAAAGUGGUAAAAGUAAAGGUAACCUAAAGUUUAAAGGGAAGAAAACAGAAGAGAGUGAAAAAAGAGCAUUUGUUAGUAGACCUAUUGAAUAUAAUAAAAUAUCAAAAAAAUUGAAAACAUUGGAUGUAUUUGCUGGGUGUGGUGGGUUAUCUGAAGGUUUACAUCAAGCUGGAAUAGCUGAAAAUCUUUGGGCUAUAGAAAAAGAAGAAGCAGCUGCUAAUGCAUACCGAUUAAACAACCCUAAUACAACAGUAUUUACAGAUGAUUGUAAUAUAUUAUUAAAAAAGGUUAUGGAUGGCGAAACAACAAAUGAGAUUGGUCAAAAACUUCCUCAAAAAGGACAAGUAGAAUUAUUGUGUGGUGGUCCACCAUGUCAAGGUUUUAGCGGCAUGAAUCGUUUUAAUUCACGCCAGUAUUCUUUGUUCAAAAACUCUCUGGUUGUUUCGUAUCUAUCAUAUUGUGAUUACUACAGGCCCAAUUUUUUUAUUAUGGAAAAUGUUCGAAAUUUUGUAUCUUUUAAAAGAAGCAUGGUUCUAAAAUUAACAUUAAGAUGUCUAGUUCGUAUGGGUUACCAAUGUACUUUUGGUAUCCUUCAAGCUGGAAAUUAUGGAGUCCCUCAGACAAGACGAAGAAUAAUAAUCCUAGCUGCUGCACCUGGACAAAUACUUCCACAAUAUCCAGAACCAACACAUGUUUUUAGUAAACGCGCUUGUCAAUUAAGUGUAUUAGUUGAUAAUAAAAAGUAUAGCACAAAUUGCAGUUGGACAGAAUCAGCACCAUUUAGAACAAUCAGUGUAAGGGAUGCACUGUUUGAUUUACCAGAAAUUAAAAAUGGUUGGAAUAAAGAAGAGAUGUCAUAUACAAACGAUGCAAUAUCACAUUUUCAAAGAAGAAUUAGAGGAAAACAAUAUCAACCAUUAUUAAGAGAUCAUAUAUGUAAAGAAAUGGCACCUCUUGUAGAAACUAGAAUAGCUCAUAUUCCAGUCGCUAGUGGUUCUGAUUGGCGUGAUUUACCAAAUAUUACUGUAAGAUUAAGUGAUGGUACUUAUUCCAAAAAAUUAGAAUAUACUCAUGAUGAUAAAAAGGUUGGAAAGAGUUCUACAGGAGCAUAUCGUGGAGUAUGUAGUUGUUGUAUGGGAAAGCAGUGUGAUCCUACAGAUAAACAAUUUAAUACUUUAAUUCCAUGGUGCUUACCACACACAGGAAAUCGUCAUAAUCAUUGGGCAGGUUUAUAUGGUAGAUUAGAAUGGAAUGGAUUUUUUAGUACGACUAUUACAAAUCCUGAACCUAUGGGAAAACAGGGUCGUGUGUUACAUCCAGUACAAACUCGAGUAGUAAGUGUACGUGAAUGUGCUAGAUCUCAAGGAUUUCCUGAUUCUUUUCGAUUUUAUGGCACUAUACUUGAUAAACAUCGACAAAUUGGAAAUGCGGUUCCUCCACCACUUGGAGUAGCUAUUGGUCACGAACUAAGAAAAUGUUUGCGAGAUGAAAGUAUGAUAACUGAAAUUGAUACAGAGUUGCAAUUAAAAUCUCAUUGAGUUAAAUCUAAAACACAUGAUAAAAACGUA